ACGCGUUUUUUGUAAUAGUUUGUAAAAGAAUGAAGUUAUGCGAAACUGAUUGACUCAAACGUACGGUAGUGAGCUGCUCCUGUUGACAGCACUAAGUAAAUUGUCAAUGUAUGUCAGAUGAUCGUAACAUAAACACGCUUUAUAUAAUCUUUAAUAUAUCCUUCACAACAGCACAUGAGAUAUGACUAGUGCGAGCAUAGUGUGAUUGUUGACAUGUUUUUAACUCAAGGGGUAAGCAUGUCUCUUAAGGCUCUAUGGAGGUUACAUCAGCCCUUAAAGAGGACACAAGCUUGUGGAUUUGCUCUGAGAACAUUAGAUGGAUUAAACAGUGUCACCGGCUCUUCAUCGACAUGUCUUAAAGAUCACAGAAACUGUCUCGCUGGUUUACACCACCCCACAUAUAACUAUUCAACCACAAGACUGCAAGAAGUAAUACGAAGGCCUCAUACGCUUUAUUGUAAAGAGCUGAAUCUUUUAAGUUCAAAAUCCCAAACAUGGAUGGAAAUGAGGAAGCAGAACACAUCCACCACCACCAAAUCUGUCCUGAAACAGGGAGGCAUGCCUGCAAAAAGGACCUUAAAGGGACCAAGAACAAAACAGCCGUCACGAACCAAUAAGCCCAAACAGGAGGAGGACAUGAUGCAGUGCAUUGCCUACGCAACAGGAGACCAAUACCACUUACCAACACUCUGCCAUGACCUCAGUGCACAUGGCUUUGUUGAAAUCAAUGAACUACCCAGAGAUGCUUCUAACGUGCUGGUGAUGGGAACAGAAAAUGCCGCAAAGCCAAAUGAUACCGGCGCUAUAUUCUUUUUCAGGGAGGGAUCAGUGGUCUUCUGGAAUGUCGAGGAGAAGACUGUCAAGACGGUGAUGAGGAUACUGGAGCAACAUGAGAUCCAGCCUUAUGAAGUCGCUCUGGUUCACUGGGAAAAUGAAGAGAUCAAUUACUCAGUAGGAGAGGGGAAUUCUAAACUCCUUCGGGGAAACUUCUUGUUUAAUGGAGAGCAGGAUUAUGAACAAGUGGUUUUGGAGAAGUUUGCAUUUUCUAAUGCUUUGUCUCUGUCAGUCAAAUUGGCUAUAUGGGAAAUCUCUCUCGACAACUUUGUUGAGUCCAUCCAGUCAAUUCCUGAGAUGCUAAAAUCUGGACAAAGAGUGAAACUAUCCAGGGCUGAAGUGAUGCAGAAAAUAGGAGAGCUCUUUGCCUUGAGGCACUGCAUUAACCUCAGUUCUGACCUGCUGAUCACACCUGACUUCUACUGGGACAGAGAAGAUCUCGAGCAACUCUAUGACAAGACCUGUCAGUUCUUAAAUAUUAACAGAAGAGUCAAGGUUGUAAACGAGAAGCUUCAGCAUUGCACUGAAAUAACAGACCUGAUGAGGAAUCAUCUCAGUGAGAAACACAGUCUCAGGCUGGAGUGGAUGAUCGUCAUUCUCAUCACCAUCGAGGUUUCAGUAUUUUUCAACAAUUUAAAUAGCUGUGUUAUUUCAUCACAGGUGAUGUUUGAACUUGCUCGUGUCAUUUUCUGAGGAUCCACAGAUACUGUCUUUGAAGAAAAUAAAGAGACUUUAAUCUUGUUUUAA